GGAGAAGUAGAAGUUUCCGGCCGAGCCACAAAAAAAGUAGGAGGAGAAGAAAAGAAGAAGGAAGAGGUGCUGUUAAUUAACAAUGGAGGUUGGGGGCCGUCGUUUUGGAUGGCGUUCAGUCGGCGAGAAAACCAAAAAGAGCAAUCGUUUUCACGGUGCCACUGAAAAAUGCAUCGUCCGGGGAACCGUCGUCGUGGUUCGGGGUGAAGGCCAACCAGCUGGUCCUGGAAAAUCAGCCUCGCUUAAACUCUAUAGCAGCGCUGAAGUUGAUCCAAAGGAUGGGAAGGCGAAGUUAAGUGAGAGAGCAUACCUCAAAGAGGGGAAGACUAAAAAACUUGACAACACAAAGGUGACAACAUAUAAAAUAAAAUUUCAUGUAGAGCCUGAGUUUGGUAUUCUAGGAGCUUUGCUGAUAAAGAACAAGCAUAAGAACAAGUUUUUCCUUGAAUCCGUUACCCUCCAAGUUCCCAACAAUGAUAAUGAGAUUAUUCAUUUUGACUGCAAAUCUUGGGUGUACCCUUUCAAGAAGACGAAUGCUGACCGACUCUUCUUCUCGAACAAGAGCUAUCUUCCGGACCAAACACCCAAAGGUCUAAGUGCGUUGAGGAAGGAAGAGCUGAGAAGCUUAAGAGGAGAAGAAGGUGACUGGGGGGAGAGGAAGGAAUGGGAUAGGGUGUAUGAGUACGAUUACUACAAUGAUAUAGGUGAUCCUGAUCAUGGUCUCCAACACCUUAGACCUGUCCUGGGGGAAUCUGCGUUGCACCCCUACCCUCGCCGCCUCAGAACUGGUCAUCCUCGUUCCACUGUAGAUGUUUCAAUCGAGAGCCGACCAGAAGGGAUCAACCUAGAAGUAAACGUUCCUCCGGACGAGCAACUCAGUCCCAAAAAACAAUCUGUACUCAUUUCAAAUUCAUUACAGGCUGCCGUGCAUUUCUUAAUUCCGGAACUCCAAUCUUUAAUGCUCCAAGAGCAGUACUCGACAGGUAGCAGCAGCAGCAGCAGUGUUGGGUCAUUUGAUGAGAUACUCGACAUGUUCUCUGCCAACAGCAAGAGAAACCUAGCAGUGGAAAAAGAAUUGCUUUCUGUGCUACCGGAGAAUAAAUUACCUGACCAUCUUUUCAGACUAGUUCGCGCAAGCAAGGAAAGCCCUGUGAAAUUUCCCAUUCCACAAAUUAUAGCAGAAAAUGUAAUGGCAUGGAAGGAUGACAAGGAAUUUGGGAGACAAAUGCUUGCAGGAGUUAAUCCAACAAUUAUCAAAUGCCUAGAGACCUUUCCACCCCGAGGCAAGCGUGGAUGGAGCUCCAUAAGGUCAUUCCACAUAGAGCACAACCUCGAAGGAUUGACCGUCACCCAGGCAAUGGAACAAUGGAGGAUAUUCAUUUUGGAUCACCAUGACUACCUCUUGCCAUUUUUAGACAGAAUUAACGCCCAUGGUGCAUGCUCAUACGCAUCCCGGACGUUGCUCUUCUUAAGGAACGAUGCUACUCUAAAGCCACUUGCAAUAGAACUCAGCUUGCCUGCCCAUUCAUCUUCAUCCACUACCACGCAUAGCUCAAGAGUCUUUGUUCCAGCAGUGCAGGGCACUGACGCUGCACUCUGGCAGCUUGCCAAAGCUCAUGUUGCUGCCAACGAUUCUGCUUACCAUCAGCUGGUCACCCACUGGUUAAAAACUCACGCGGUGAUUGAGCCAGUCAUCAUCGCUUCUAGAAGGCAGUUGAGUGUCAUGCACCCGAUACAUUGGCUGUUGGGCCCUCAUUUCAGGGAUACCAUACAUGUCAAUGCGUUGGCUCGGAGGAUCCUCAUAAACGCCGGCGGAAUACUAGAGACUAUUUUGUUUUCUGGUGAAUUCUCCAUGGAGCUGUCUGCUGAGCUCUACAAAGACUGGCGAUUUGAUGAACAAGGCCUCCCUGCUGACUUGGUUAAAAGGCGCAUGGCCUUCACAGACCCAGAGAAGCCUGCUGGGGUUCAACUCCUCUUUGAAGACUAUCCUUAUGGUGCCGAUGGGCUAGAUAUAUGGAUUGCCAUCAGCACAUGGGUAAGAGACUUCUGCUCACUCUUCUACAAAGAUGAUGAUUCUGUAAAGUCGGAUAGAGAAAUCCAAGCAUGGUGGUCAGAAAUACAACAUGUGGGUCAUGAGGACAAGCGUAAUGAAAAGUGGUGGUACCAAAUGACAACUAUCUCAGAGCUAAUAGAAGCUUUGACAACCAUCAUAUGGACUGCAUCAGCCCUUCAUGCUUCUGUGAACUUUGGGCAAUAUGGAUAUGCCGGUUACCCUCCAAAUCGUCCAACAAUGUGUCGGAAAUUCAUUCCAGAAGAAGGGACACUAGAAUUUGCGGAGUUCCUUAGGGAUCCUGACAAAUACUAUCUCAGCAUGCUACCUGAAAGAUUGGAGAUGCGCCUUGGGGUAGCACUGGUAGAGGUCCUCUCACGGCACACAUCAGAUGAACAGUACCUGGGUCAAAAACCGUCCUCAAAUUGGACAGGAAAUAAGGAGGUUUACCAGAUGUAUAUGAAGUUCAGAGAGAAACUUCAAGACAUCGAGAAAUGUAUCAUGAACAGGAAUAGAGAUCCAAAUCUCAAAAACAGAUGGGGUCCUGCCAAGAUUCCGUACCGAUUUUUGUGCCCGGACACAUCAAUUUCAGGAUCAAUAGCAAGCAUAAUGGGAAAGGGGAUACCUAGCAGCAUAUCCAUUUAAUAUAUGCCCAACAUAAUGUACUAUAAACAUCUCUGUACAGGUUUUACUGGGCCUUACCAUGCAUCAUUGGUUUCAUUUAGUUUAUGGCUAAUUCAUAGUAUUCUAGGGUCAAUGGCUCAAGACUCAAGACAGUUUACCAACAGCCUCAUUGUAAGAUACCAUACAACUUUCUUCAAAUGAUUUCCUUGAAUCAUCCUUAUAUAUGAAAUAUUACACAUACAGCAAA